UUCACCCUACCUCGCUAUGAGUUAGGCAGUGUGUGUGUGUGCCUGUGUCUGUGAUUACUGAGACAACAGGUCUUUGGGUUCAGCACUGCGAUCUCUCGGGUAUUCUGCACAAAGAAAGCUUCCUGAUGUCUUAUGAGAAGCCUGGACAUACUGUGUUUUUUUCCCUUCUUUCUGUGCCUCUUUUCUCCUGAAUGCCGCGUGUUUGCUGUUUUUGAUGAAGCAGCAAUGAGAGAACCACUGUCUGCUUAACGCACUGCACUGACAUUUUAGAGGUGGUCUUCGGUCAGAGAUAUCGGACCCUGCCAAAACACGAGGAAAUCGUUUGGAUGUGACUGCAGCAUGAAUUUUUGGAGCUGAUUUUCCUCUAGCAUCAGUUUUUAAUGUGGAAGACACAGACAAAACAGCCAUGGAUGUGAAGGAACGAAAACCCUACCGGUCUCUAACAGCGCGGCGCGACACAGAACGACGCUACACCAACUCUGUGGAGAACGAAGACAGCAAGCUCCACCCCAAAUCCUACAGCUCCAGCGAAACGCUCAAAGCUUACGACCAGGACUCGAGACUGGCCUACGGGACCCGGGUCAAAGACAUGGUUCACCAGGAAUCAGACGAGUACUGCAGGCAAGCAGCUGAUUUCUCUCUGAGAGACAUGGGGUUCGGCGAGGUGCUGCCUCCACACAGCACAGGCUACCGGACAGACAUCGGACUUCCUCAUCGAGGUUACUCCAUCAGUGCCGGCUCAGACGCAGACACCGAGACAGACGGCAUCACUUCCCCUGAUCACGGAGUCAGGAUGUGGGGGCGCAGCGCCAAAUCAGGACGCAGCUCCUGUCUGUCCAGUCGAGCCAAUUCCAACCUCACGCUUACAGACACAGAGCAUGAAAACAUGGAGAACGGUCCUCCCCUGCAUUGUUCCUCUACCUCAUCUACCCCUUUUGAGCAGUCCCCCUCCCCUCCCCCCUCCCUUGAAGCCAAUGAGAGCCAGAGAAGGUUGCUAAGUAACUGUGUGGCUCAGCCAACCCAGGACUCUGACUCCGAGGAGGAGUUGGCCCCUAAUUCAUUCUUAGUUAGAACAGGCUCUGGGAACCUCUAUGCUCCUACUACGACAACUACUGCUGAUGACCAGACAUCCACAUUUCAGAACCACUCCAGACUGCGGACCCCUCCACUCCCGAUUUCCCACACCCCAAACCAGCACCAUGCGGCCUCCAUCAACUCUCUGAACCGGGAGAACUACAACCCUCGCAGCAACCCCAGUCCGGCACCAACGGACCACUCUGUACCUGCAGACAUUCCACUCGGCUCACAGGAGCCAGCCAGCACACAGGACAACUGGCUGCUCAACAGCAACAUCCCACUGGAGACCAGGAGCCAGAAUACUCUUAUGUAUAUCAGAGAAGAGCAAGACGCAUACAGAGAAGGGCAGGGAUCAUUCAAUACAAGAAACAUUGCAAAGCAGACAUUCCUAGAGACUUUACAGGACAACUUCAUUGAGAUGGACAUUAUCGGCUCAGCCCGCCGUGAGGGUGCUUACAAUGACGGGCACUUCCUGUUCAAGCCCGGGGGCACGUCGCCUCUCUUUUGCACGACGUCCCCGGGGUACCCCCUGACGUCUAGCACUGUGUACUCCCCCCCACCCCGCCCACUCCCCCGGACCACCUUCUCCAGACCUGCCUUCAACCUGAAGAAGCCCUACAAGUACUGCACCUGGAAGUGUGCUGCCCUGAGUGCCAUUAUCAUCUCUGUCACGCUGGUCAUUCUGCUGGCUUACUUCAUUGCCAUGCACCUGUUUGGCCUAAACUGGCAUUUGCAGCCAGUGCAGAGGCAGAUGUAUCAGCUGACAGAGGACAGAGACAGCAGUCUGCCAGGGCCCACGGACAUCACGCUGUCGUCAUCAGGGGGCACAGGGUUAGAGAUACCUGACAGGAAAGGUAAAGACCCAGGCGAAGGGAAAUCGGAUGGCAUGUUCCCAGAUGACAGUUUCAUUGACACUGGAGAGAUUGAUGUUGGACGGAAAGCCUCGCAGAAGAUUACUCCAGGGAUAUUCUGGCGAUCCCAAGUGUUCAUAGAUCACCCCAUGUAUCUGAAGUUCAAUGUGUCUCUGGGGAAGGACGCUUUGGUAGGGAUCUAUGGCAGAAGAGGCAUCCCUCCAUCUCACACACAGUUUGACUUUGUGGAGUUGCUGGACGGUAGGCGGCUGCUCACAAAGGAAGUCCGAAGCCUGGAAGGACCAGGGCGGCAGCAUCGAAGCAUAGUCCCUGUGACCAAUCACGACACAGGAUUCAUCCAGUAUCUGGAAUCGGGAAUCUGGCACCUGGCUGUCUACAACGAUGGGAAAGAGGUGGAGCAGGUGUCCUUCAUAACCACGGCCAUAGAGUCAUUAGACGAAUGUCCCAGUAACUGCUAUGGAAAUGGAGAUUGUGUUUCCGGAACCUGCCAUUGCUUUCUAGGCUUCUUGGGGCCGGACUGCGGGAGGGCUUCAUGCCCAGUAUUGUGUAGUGGUAAUGGGCAGUACUUAAAAGGACGCUGCGUGUGUCACAGUGGAUGGAAGGGCACUGAGUGUGACAUACCAACCAACCAGUGCAUUGACCUGGCGUGCAGCAACCACGGCACCUGCAUCGUAGGGACCUGUAUCUGCAAUCCUGGCUACAAGGGAGAAAACUGUGAAGAAGUUGACUGCCUGGAUCCAACAUGCUCUGGCCGAGGUGUGUGUGUCCGUGGAGAGUGCCACUGCAUUGUGGGAUGGGGAGGUGCCAGCUGUGAGAACCCUCGCGCGUCCUGCAUGGACCAGUGUUCAGGACACGGGACUUUCCUCCCAGAAACGGGGACCUGCAACUGUGACCCCAACUGGACUGGACACGACUGCUCCACAGAGAUUUGUGCAGCGGACUGUGGUGGACACGGCAUCUGCGUCUCAGGCACCUGCCGCUGUGAUGAAGGCUGGAUGGGCGCUGGCUGUGGUCAGCGGGCAUGUCACCCACGCUGCAGCGAGCACGGGACCUGCAGGGACGGCAAGUGUGAAUGCAGCCCGGGAUGGAACGGAGAGCACUGCACUAUUGCUCACUAUCUGGAUAAGGUAGUGAAAGAGGGCUGCCCGGGCUUGUGUAACGGCAAUGGUAGGUGCACCCUGGACCAGAAUGGCUGGCACUGCGUCUGCCAGCUGGGCUGGAGAGGAACUGGGUGCUAUACCUCCAUGGAGACAGCCUGUAGCGAUGGCAAGGACAACGAUGGAGAUGGCCUGAUUGACUGCAUGGACCCUGACUGCUGUCUACAGAACUCUUGUCACAUCACGUCCCUGUGUGUGGGGUCCCCAGACCCCCUCGAUAUUAUCCAGGAGACCCAGACCCCCUCCAUGCAGACCAACCUCCAGUCCUUCUACGACAGAGUCAGAUUCCUCGUCGGCAAGGACAGCACUCACAUCAUCCCGGGGGGAAACCCAUUUGACGGAGGCCAUGUCUGUGUGAUCCGGGGUCAGGUGGUGACAUCAGAUGGAACCCCUCUGGUCGGCGUGAACAUCAGCUUCAUAAACAACCCCAAAUAUGGAUACACCAUAAGCCGGCAAGACGGCAGCUUUGAUUUAGUCACCAAUGGUGGGAUUGCCAUCACCCUGCACUUCGAGCGCGCACCCUUCAUCACCCAGGAGCACACUCUGUGGUUGCCAUGGGGACGCUUCUUUGUCAUAGAUACAAUCAUCAUGAGGCACGAGGAGAACGAUAUCCCCAGCUGUGACCUCAGCAACUUUGCACGGCCCAACCCUAUUGUCUCUCCAGCACCCCUGACAGCCUUCGGUGGUUCCUGCUCUGAAAGGGGUGCCAUUGUCCCUGAAAUUCAGGCUCUGCAGGAAGAGAUCAGGAUCCCAGGAACUAAUAUGAAGCUGAGCUACCUAAGCAGCCGUACACCAGGCUACAAGUCUGUGCUGCGCAUCAGCCUGACCCACUCCUCCAUCCCCUUCAACCUCAUGAAGGUCCAUCUCAUGGUGUCUGUGGAGGGCCGGCUCUUCAGGAAGUGGUUCCCUGCCGCCCCAGACCUCGCCUACUACUUCAUCUGGGACAAAACUGAUGUCUACAGCCAAAAGGUCUACGGGCUGUCGGAGGCUUUUGUUUCAGUGGGAUAUGAAUAUGAAUCAUGCCCUGACCUUAUCCUGUGGGAGAAGAGGACUGCAGUGCUCCAGGGUUAUGAAACUGAUGCAUCUAAUCUUGGUGGUUGGGCACUGGACAAACACCAUGCACUCAAUAUUCAGAGCGGCGUCCUGCACAAGGGCAGCGGUGCAAACCUGUUUAUCUCGCAGCAGCCCCCUGUCAUCGGCAGCAUCAUGGGGAACGGGAGGAAGCGCAGUAUCUCCUGCCCGAGCUGCAACGGCCUCGCCGACGGAAACAAGCUCCUGGCUCCCCUCGCCCUGGCCUGUGGGUCGGAUGGGAGCCUCUUCGUGGGGGAUUUCAACUACGUUCGCAGGAUCUUCUCCACAGGAAACGUCACCAGCGUGCUGGAGUUGAGAAAUAAAGAUUUCAGGCAUAGCACCACUCCAGCACACAAGUAUUAUUUGGCGACCAGCCCUGUCACCGGCGCUGUGUAUCUGUCCGACACAAACAGCAGGAAAGUGUAUAAAGUCAAAUCUCUUUCGAUGGUCAAAGAUGUGUCCAAGAAUCUGGAGGUGGUGGCUGGGACAGGGGACCAGUGCCUCCCCUUUGACGAGACCCGCUGUGGAGACGGAGGAAAAGCUGUGGAGGCCACACUGACCAACCCCAGAGGCAUCGCCGUCGACAAGUUCGACCUGAUCUACUUCGUGGACGGCACUAUGAUCCGCAGGAUGGAUCAGAACGGGAUUAUCUCCACGCUCCUGGGCUCCAACGACUUGACUUCAGCCAGGCCUCUCAGCUGUGACUCCGUUAUGGAUAUCUCGCAGGUCCGGCUAGAAUGGCCCACUGAUCUUGCAGUUAGCCCCAUGGAUAACUCCUUGUACGUGUUGGACAAUAACGUGGUGCUUCAGAUCUCCGAAAACCACCAGGUGCGCAUCGUGGCAGGGCGGCCCAUGCAUUGCCAGGUACCGGGCAUCGAUCACUUCCUGCUCAGCAAGGUAGCUAUUCAUGCCACGCUGGAGUCCGCCACCGCCCUGGCCGUCUCCCACAACGGCAUCCUGUACAUCGCAGAGACAGAUGAUAAGAAGAUCAACCGCGUGCGACAGGUGACCACCAACGGAGAGAUAUCACUGGUGGCUGGGGCCCCCAGCGGCUGCGACUGCAAAAAUGAUGCCAACUGCGACUGCUACUCUGGCGACGAUGGUUACGCCAAAGACGCCAAGCUGAAUGCGCCGUCCUCUCUUGCAGUCUCACCCGAAGGAGAGCUCUUCAUUGCGGACCUCGGAAAUAUUCGGAUCCGCUACAUCCGCAAGAACAAACCCUUCCUUAACCCGCACAACUUCUAUGAAGUGUCCUCCCCUAUCGAUGAAGAGCUUUACUUGUUUGAUACCAACGGGAGCCACAUUUACACCCAGAGCCUCGUCACAGGGGAUUACCUCUACAAUAUCACCUACGUGGGCAAUGGUGACAUUGGCGCUGUCACCGAUAACAAUGGCAACACUGUAAGUAUCCGAAGGGAUGCCACCGGACUGCCACUUUGGCUGGUGGUGCCAGAUGGACAAGUAUACUGGGUGACUAUUGGCACAAACAGUGCCCUUAAAAGUGUUACAGCCCAGGGGCAUGAAUUGGCAAUGAUGACCUACCAUGGAAGUUCGGGACUCCUAGCAGCCAAGAGCAAUGAAAACGGAUGGACUACAUUUUACGAGUACGACAGCUUCGGACGCUUAACCAACGUUACCUUCCCUACGGGUCACAUCAGCAGUUUCCGAAGAGACACCGACAGCUCAGUUAAAGUACAGGUGGAAUCCUCCAACAAGGAGGACGUGACUAUAACCACCAACCUCUCAGCUUCAGGGGCCUUUUACACCUUACUGCAAGAUCAAGUCCGCAACAGCUACUACAUUGGCUUGGACGGCUCUUUGCGGUUGGUUCUGGCCAACGGUAUGGAGGUGUCCCUGCACACGGAGCCUCACUUGCUGGCUGGCACGGUGAACCCCACCGUGGGCAAGAGAAACGUGACCCUGCCCAUUGAUAAUGGGCUCAACCUGGUGGAGUGGAGACAGCGGAAAGAGCAGGCCCGGGGCCAGGUCACUGUGUUUGGACGCAGGCUCAGGGUCCAUAACAGGAACCUGUUAUCGUUGGAUUUUGAUCGCAUUACCAGGACCGAGAAGGUCUACGAUGACCAUCGGAAGUUCACCCUCCGAAUUCACUAUGACCAGGCCGGACGGCCCACUCUUUGGUCUCCUAGCAGCAGGCUGAACGGUGUGAAUGUUACCUAUUCCUCAGGGGGCCACGUCGCUGGCAUCCAGAGGGGCACCAUGUCAGUGCGCAUGGAGUACGACCAGUCCGGCAGGAUUGUGUCCCAGAUCUUUGCUGAUGGCAAGUCCUGGAGCUACACCUACCUGGAGAAGUCCAUGGUGCUCCUCCUCUACAGCCAGAGACAGUACAUUUUCGAAUUUGAUAACAAUGAUCGCUUGUCCUCGGUCACCAUGCCCAACGUGGCUCGGCAGACAUUAGAAACCAUCCGCUCGAUUGGCUAUUACAGGAACAUUUACUGGCCUCCCGAGGGCAACGCCUCCGUGGUUCAGGACUUCAAUGAAGAUGGACAGCUGCUUCAAACCGCUCACCUUGUUACUGGCCGCAGAGUGAUUUACAAGUACGGGAAGCUCACAAAGCUUUCAGAGAUCCUUUAUGACACCACUAAAGUCGCCUUCACCUACGACGAAGCAGCAGGAAUGCUGAAGACGGUGAAUUUGCAGAGCGAGGGGUUCACCUGCACCAUACGCUACCGGCAGAUUGGCCCACUUAUCGACAGGCAGAUUUUCCGCUUUAGUGAGGAAGGCAUGGUCAACGCUCGCUUCGAUUACAACUACGACAACAGCUUCAGGGUGACCAGCAUGCAGGCGGUUAUCAACGAAACGCCACUGCCCAUCGACCUUUACAGGUACGAUGACGUGUCUGGGAAGUCUGAGCAGUUUGGAAAAUUUGGCGUCAUUUACUACGACAUCAACCAGAUCAUCACCACUGCUGUAAUGACACACACAAAGCAUUUCGAUGCCUAUGGCAGAGUGAAAGAGGUCCAGUAUGAGAUCUUUAGGUCUCUCAUGUACUGGAUGAUGGUGCAGUAUGAUAACAUGGGCAGGGUGGUUGGGAAGGAGUUGAAAGUUGGCCCUUACGCAAACACGACUCGCUACUCCUAUGAGUACGAUGCUGACGGACAGUUACAGACGGUGUCUUUGAAUGAUAAGCCGCUGUGGCGUUACAGCUACGACUUGAACGGAAAUCUUCACUUGCUGAGCCCUGGCAGCAGUGCCCGCUUGACGCCACUCCGUUAUGACUUGAGGGACCGGAUUAUCAGGCUUGGCGACAUCCAGUAUCGGAUGGAUGAGGAUGGCUUCCUGAGGCAAAGAGGCAACGAUUUCUUUGAAUACAACUCGGCCAGCUUUUUGGUCAGAGCCUACAACAAGGUCAGUGGCUGGAACAUCAAGUACCGCUAUGACGGCCUAGGCAGGAGGGUGUCCAGCAAAACCAGUCACGGACACCACUUGCAGUACUUUUACGCAGAUCUUUCCAGCCCCACUCGAGUCACCCACAUGUACAACCAUUCCAGCUCGGAGAUAACCUCCCUCUACUAUGAUCUUCAGGGCCACUUGUUCGCUAUGGAGCUCAGCAGUGGAGAUGAGUUCUACGUGGCUUGUGAUAAUAUCGGCACCCCGCUGGCAGUUUUCAGUGGGACUGGUCUGAUGAUUAAGCAGAUCCUCCACACAGCCUAUGGAGAAGUCUACAUGGACACCAACCCCAGUUUCCAGCUGAUCAUUGGCUAUCAAGGAGGCCUGUAUGAGCCACUCACCAAGCUGGUGCACAUGGGCAAGCGGGAUUAUGACGUACUUGCAGGACGCUGGACCACCCCCGAUCACGGAAUCUGGAGACGUCUCAGCAACAGCAACAACAACGUCAUGCCGUUCAACUUGUACAUGUUCAAAAGCAACAACCCCAUCAGCAAUGCCCAGGAAACGAAGUGCUACAUGACAGAUGUAAACAGCUGGCUGCUCACAUUUGGAUUCCAGCUCUACAAUGUCAUCCCUGGGUAUCCCAAACCAGACACCAAUGCCAUGGAACCAUCCUAUGAGCUCAUCGACACUCAGAUGAAGACCCAAGAGUGGGACAACAGCAAGUCGGUGUUAGGAGUGCAGUGUGAAGUGCAGAAGCAGCUGAAAUCCUUUGUCAAGCUGGAGCGCUUUGGGCAGAUCUACGGAUCGAGCAGUGCUGGGUGUCGCCAGCCCGAGGGCUCGAGCCGCUUCGCCUCUGGGGGUUCUUUAUUUGGCAAGGGGGUCAAAUUCGCCAUCAAGGAGGGCCGCGUCUCCGCUGACAUCAUCAGCAUGGCCAACGAGGACGGCAGGAGGAUUGCGGCUGUGCUUAACGGGGCCUACUACCUGCAGGACCUGCACUUCACCAUCAACGGUCUUGACACCCACUACUUCGUCAAGCUGGGGCCACCUGAGGGUGACCUCACCCUCAUCGGCAUGACAGGAGGCAGGAGGACCCUGGAGACCGGGGUCAACGUGACCGUGUCCCAGAUCAACACAGUGCUGAACGGCAGGACUAGACGUUACACGGACAUCCAGCUCCAGUAUGGAGCUCUGUGCUUAAACACCCGCUAUGGGACCACCAUGGACGAGGAGAAAGUCCGUGUGCUCGAGCUGGCCAGGCAGCGCGCGGUGGCCCAGGCUUGGGCGAGCGAGCAGCAGAGACUGCGGGAGGGGGAGGAAGGGACACGCUCGUGGACAGAUGGCGAGAAGCAGCAGUUGCUGAGUGCCGGUAGAGUCCAGGGCUAUGAUGGCUACUUUGUGAUUUCAGUGGACCAGUACCCAGAGCUGUCAGACAGUGUGAACAACAUUCAUUUCAUGAGACAGAGUGAGAUGGGCAGGAGGUGACAUGAAAACUGAGGUUUUUAAGGAGAAAAUAUUUUAAAGGACAGCACUGAGGACUACUUGCCAAAGACAGCUGCUUACGUGGCCACUUAUUUGACUGUGUUGUAUUUUUAUUAACAAAAAAUAUACAGUUGCACUGUACUUAAUGAGUGCCCGAUUUGUUUUGAUCCCAUCUUCACACUUUAAGGAGAAGGAGGUGAACUGAGGUGUACAAGUGACUUCUUUUUUUUUUUUUUUUUUUUUUUUUUGUCUUUACGUCUGUGGUGAUGUGUUAACACAUUACAUUCACAAGUUUCUCCUGUGAAACAAGAUGUGAGUUUUUUUGUGUUUUUUUUUUUUUUCAAUCCAGCUUUUUCAUGCUUCUGGCAAGAAGAGGAGGCCUUUAAAUUUCCUUACUGGUUUUUAUACUUGAAAUCCCAUGUCCACUGUUAUGAAAAAAUCAGAGAGACUUUUCUGGUCACCUAUGUUGUUCCUGUCCUUAUGUCCCUGUUCCAGCUGAACCUAUCGACUUGUGAAUUUUGUUGUAAUUUUUCAUAAUACUUUUUCUAAAGCUAUGGUAUGCCUUGAUCAUUGUUAAAGGUCUGAGUACUCAUACUGACAGACCAUGGCUAUGAUGGCAGCAAUUUCAUUGCAGUUCUGCAUUCUGGUGUAUUGUAUGUGCUGUACAAUUCAGUUGAAUUCAGUUUGCCACUGCAUGACCAAAUUAAUGAAUGAAAUGGUUAGUUUGAGGCCAGGGACUGAAAUGACAAGCACAGAUACAUAUUGUAGUUCAGUGUUGCUGUAAUUACCCUAAUCACAAGUAUAAUCAAAAGUCUUGGGUCAAUCCGCGACAGACGUGAAAAAGGUGUAUCUAUGAAAGAGCAGCCAGAGGUAUUUUAUUCCAAGUUUUUUUUUAUAUAUAUAUAUAUAUAUAUAUAUAUAUAUAUAUAUAUAU